CAUGCAUGUAACACAAGAUAUCUGUCAAAGGACCGUUCCGGCUCCUCUCCACGCCGUUCCUACUACGAUGCGGCGCGCACUACACGACUACAAAACCCCCACACACGACACACACACACACACACACACAAGGCAGGCAGACAGGCACACUAGCCCGGCCCCCCUUGACACGCUGAUGACCCGCCCACCACCCGCCCACCCUCAUGCGCAUCUAUCUGUUCGUCGUGUCUAUGAUGAUUUGUAGUCAGCUUGUAUCAGCUUGGCAAUGGUCUCCAGCUGAAUGUUCGACGUGCCCUCGUAAAUGGAACCGAUCUUCGAAUCUGCGCGUACGCAUCCCAUCCACACACACAACGAGUGAGCCAAGGAGGCGGCUGUUGGGCUGGCUGUGCUGUCCUGUGCCAGUGUCGUGUCAGUCACCUCUGAAGAACUUCUCCACUGCGUAGUCCUUGGUGAAGCCGUACCCACCUGCACACGCCGCACGCCCCGCCAAUUUGCCCUUAUGCGUGUGUCUUUUGCCCUCUGUGUGCAUGACAUGACAUGACGUGCCUGCCUACCGAGCCAUUCGAUGCACUGCGAUGCUAUCCUCUCAGCCACCUACACAAACACACGCCGGCACACGAGAGGUGAGACCUCUUGUCUUGUCUGCUCCUGCUGUUUGUGUGGGGCCUGUAUGUCUGGCUGACCCUUCCAGCGUAAAGUUUGGCCAUGGCCGCCUCGGCGGUGAAGGGCAUGUUGGCCUCCUUCAGCGCCGCAGCGUUGUACACCAACAGACGGGCUGCCUCUAGCUCCAUACGAGCCUAACACACACACACAUUCACGGAACGAGAGAGCAGGGGUAAGUGUGUGUUGUCUGCCUGCUCCCCCUCCACUCACUUCAGCGUAUUGGAACUUCAUGCCCUGGAAGUCUGCGAUUCGCGAUCCGAACUGCUUCCUGUCGUGAAUGUACGGCAGCGCCACGUCGUAGGCGCCCUGCGCCAAACCAACCAUCUGAGCCGCUAUACCUGAUCGAGCAGAUCAACAUGCAGACGGGCAGACGAUUGAUUGACAUAAGACAGAUAGAUAGAUCGGCACAUCCAUCUCUGUGUUCGUGGAUGUCGGUGUCGGUUUCUCCACCUACAUACCAAUCCUUCCUUCGUUGAGGCUCUCGAUGGCCACUUUGUAGCCCUCGCCCACGUUGCCCAGCACCUUCCCGCGAGGCACCUGCGCAGAGACACAGCCAAGUUAUGUCUGUCACUUCCGUGUCUAUCUGGUGGGGUGUGCGUGUGAGGGUCUUUGAGGGUCUUACAAAGACGUCGUUGAGUAUGACUUCGCAAGUUGACGACGCCCGAAUGCCGAGCUUGUCAUACUUCUGGCCUACACGCAUCCACACACCACACCACGUUAAGUGGUCCGGCUUCCCGGGUGUCUGAGCCUGGGCUCACCGAUCUCGAGGCCUGGUGUGCCCGCAUCGACGAGGAAGGCAGUGAUGCCGCGGUGCCUCUGACACACAUAAAAUCAAUAUGUACCGAAUGCGCGCGUGUGUGCGUGUGUGUGUGUGUGUGCUCACUUUGGCGGGGUCGACAGUGGCAAACACGAUGAAGAGGCCGGCCUCCUUCGAGUUGGAUAUCCACUGCUUCACACCUGCAGACCCACACGGCACGGCAUGAGUGUAAUGCGAUCCAGCCGCCCCCUCGGGUCAGCUCUUAUGUGCCCGUCCAUCCAUCAUGCUCACCCACCCGCACCCCACCUGUGAUUCUGUAUCCGUUGUCGACCUCCCUCGCCCUGGCCUGCAGCGCGAAGGCGUCUGACCCAGAGCCGGCCUCCGACAGGCAGAACGAACCAACAGUGUCUGCAGUGCUCAUUCACAGAACAGUGAGUGAUUAUGCCGUUAGUUAGUGCAUUCGUUGAUUCAUUCAUUGCAUUCUCAGUCACUGGUCGCGAGUUUUGGAAGGUACUCCUUCUUCUGCUCGUCAGUGCCGAAGACGUACAGACACCGAUUGAUCAAAGUGUUCUGCAGUCAGUGUGGUAUACCAGACAGACACCAGACACACACACACACACACACACACACACGACGAAUCACAUCACACAUCGAUCACAUCACUUUCCUCUCGUCACUGAUUGCGGCAGCCAGCCAGCCUCCGUACGCACGUGAAUGUCGACCAUGACGGCCACAGCAGGGUCGACCCUGGCGAUUUCCUCGACCACCAGGCACGCCUCGACGAACCCCAUCGCACUCCCAUCGUACUCGGCCGGGAUCUCCACACCCAUCAGACCUGUUCAAAUCAAACAAACGACAGACACGUGCCAAUGCAUUGAUAGCUAUGUGUGAAGGGGUGUGCUGUGCUGUUGCUGAGUGAGUGAAUCACUGCUUAGUGGUUGCCUGCCUUGUUCAAAGAGGGCGGGCACGAUGGAUGGGUCGAAGGCACUCUGCUCGUCCAUCUUGUGAACCAACGGACCGAUUUGCUGCAGACAGAGGCAGGCAGAAUCAGAGAGAGGGUCAGUCACAAGACGUUUGAACACAGUCCUUUCCUUGACCAUCAAUUGCAAUGCAUUUCUGUGAUGCUGUCUGUGCAUUCAUCGUGUCUGUCGGAUUGCACCCACCUCCACUGCAAACUUCCUCACAGUCUCCUGAAGCAUCCUCUGAUCUGCAGACAAGCAGGCAGGCCCAAAACGUUUACCACACCAAAGUAGAUCGAUCUGCCGCAACUUCAUCACAGAAAGCCGGCUGUGUGUGUGCGUAUGUGUGGACCUUCUGAGAACACCGUCAGCGGCUGCCUUGACGAGAAACACCGAGCCGCCUGCCUCGCGCAUGGCACAGCCAUACUGCACAGAGGAGGAGAUGCUGCCCAUGGCAAGCGUCGCAAUGCCAUCAUCGUUGCUAUGAAUCCAUAACCGCAACACCAAAC